UUUUUCUUACCAUGUUUUACUUACCAUUUUUUGCUUACUUUUUUUUUAUUUCCCGUUUCGCAUUUCUUAUCUUUAAUUUUGAGUUAAUUUUUUUUUAAUUUCCCCGCGCAACUUUCUGGGAUCAUCCCGUUUCUUCUUUUUCCAUUUGGCAUUUCGGCCAAUAAAAACAUACGCGCUUUCGACGGCCCCCAACUAGAGCUGCCCCAAGAGAAAUUUUCCAACCGGAGGGAUCCUUGCUGUAGCUACGUUGAGGCUUAAGCAGAAAAGUAGUCCGCUUCUCCUUUAAGUCGAGCGUGGAGCGAAAACAUGGCCAAGGGACUACGGUCAAAGGUUAAGCGGAGGUUCAGGACGGUCAAGCGAAUCCACGUGAAUGAGAUUAUAGAAAAGCCCAAUGUAGUCAAAUUGCACAACAAGAUAAAACGAUUGAAUAAGAGCAAAAAUACACAGGAUGAUUUGAUUAGACCACCCAACAAGUUCCUCUACCCAGAUGACGAACGAGCGGUGAUUCCGCAGCACAAAAGCCCAAAGGUGAUCGACUUCAGGUCCGAAGCCCUACCCCUGUCAGGAUUCGCAAACGUGGGAAACAGGCGGAAGUAUAACUUAAGUGAAAAAAUCGAAAUAAAAAAUCAUUACGGGAAUACACCCGGAUUUUUUGACAACAUGGAGCUAAACAAGAUGAUCGACGAUAUGCACAAGCGAUCAGUGGAGGUUAUGAGCACCAUUUCGAAGGGUAACGAUGUGAAGGGAUGAGACGAUUAGGAGGGUAAAUGAUUAGAAAAAUGCACGUCCUUAUAUUUGCUACCAUCGCAUAUUC